UCUCUCAAACCCCAGCAGCAGGUCGUCAUUACUACUUGUAUAUUAUUAUCUUCUUCUUCUUUAGACCUGCUUGCUUGGUCCAUUGAAGAAGAGAGGAGGAUUUUUUUCUUUUUAUUUUCUCUUCUGGGAAUCAAGAAGAGAGCGAAAAAACUUAGAGUUUUUCUGAUCCGGUUCGGUGUCUGACUAUUUGGAUAAACAAGAAACCAUGGUUUUACCGUCGAAUGAGAACAAUCCCACUCUCUUUAAACCCACAAACACUCAAGGUGGUGGGAUGGAGAUGAUGGGCGGCAGAAAGUUUGGAAUGGAGACUAGACAAAGUAGAAGAGCUUUAGGCGUUAUUAGUCACAAUGUAGUUGGAGGAGGCCAUCCAUAUCCUUGUGUUGUUAGCAAGAGAGGCUUAUCAGAAGCGAAUGGUGCUUGUGGGAAGAUUAAUCCUAUUAAUCCAGCUCAUAGACCAAUCACAAGCAGAAAAUUUGCUGCUCAAAUUGCAAGCUCAAAACAAUCUUGCCUGGAGGAAGCCAAGAAACCAAAAUUGUCAGCUGAAGAAUUCAGUGUUUGGGAGGAUAUCCCACUAGCAGAUGUGGAAGACCAUGAGGCUGCAGCUAAAGACCAACCAGUGCCCAUGUCUUUGGAACAAUCAGAAGCAGUAUCACAGGAAAAAGACCAGAUGGAGGUUGACAUGGAGGACAUAUUUGAAGAGACAAUACAAGAUAUUGACAAAGGCGAUGGAAAGAAUCCACUAGCAGUUGCUGACUAUGUAGAAGAUCUGUAUGCCUAUUACAGAAAAAUGGAGAACUGUAGCUGCAUUGCACCAAAUUACAUGGCACAACAGUUUGACAUCAAUGAGAAGAUGAGAGCCAUACUAAUGGACUGGCUUAUUGAGGUACAUUACAAAUUUGAGCUGAGGGAGGAGACAUUGUUUCUAACUAUUAAUCUAAUAGACAGAUUUUUAGAGAAGCAAUCUGUAGUUAGAAAGAAGUUGCAACUUGUUGGUUUGGUUGCUAUGCUCUUGGCAUGCAAGUAUGAGGAAGUUUCUGUUCCAGUUGUAGAUGAUCUGAUUUUCAUUUCUGACAAAGCUUAUACUAGGAAAGAAGUCCUUGAAAUGGAGAGUUUGAUGCUCAAUACUCUACACUUCAAUAUGUCCAUACCAACUGCAUAUGUUUUCAUGAAAAGAUUCCUCAAGGCUGCUCAAUCUGAUCAGAAGCUUGAGCUCUUAUCAUUCUUCUUGAUCGAGCUUUGUCUCGUGGAGUAUGAAAUGCUGAAAUUUCCACCAUCAUUUCUGGCCGCCGCUGCAAUCUAUACUGCUCAGUGCACCCUAUAUGGUGUUGGACAAUGGAGCAAAACUUGUGAAUGGCACAGCAGCUACUCAGAAGCUGAGCUUCUGGAAUGCUCAAGAUUGAUCGUCAGCUUUCACCAAAAGGCAGCUACAGGGAAACUCACUGGAGCACACAGAAAAUACAGCACGUCGAGAUUUGGUUAUGCAGCAAAAUGCCAGCCUGCACAUUUUCUUGUAGAAACCCAGAAAUGAACAGGGCCAUGUAUAGUUUUACUGACUCAUAUGUGACUUCUGUAAUUGGGUUAAUUCUUCUUCUUCUUCUUAUAAAAGGGACAAAAGGGGUUGUUGGUUUGGUUGGUUGGGGGGGUUUAAUAGAGAAAUAAUUCAGCAACUCUAGGUUGCCCCUUAGCAUUGAUUAUUAAUUUGGAUAUUUACAGACUGCAUCCAGGGUUUGUUAAUAAAAACCUUGGUUGUUUACUGUGUUACAGCUGCUUUUCAGUAACAUUUUUACUCUCUUUUCAGUUGACAAUAAUCGAAGGAUUAUACAGUUUCUUUA